AAUAACCUCCUUCUUCUUCUUCUUCUUCUUCUCUUCAAUUGAAUGAUUCAAUCUCCCUUUUCACCUUCUUCUUCUUCUUCCUAAUUCAAUGGCGGUGGAGCUCCUCUCCGGCUUCACCAACGCUCCUCAACUCUCCUCCCGAUCCCCUAUGGACCAAGACUCCGCCGUUCAAGAAGCCGCCUCCGGUCUCGACACCCUCAAAAAGCUCGUCACAUUACUCUCUCAUUCUCCCCCUUCUAAUCUCGACUCCGAUUGCCAAGCCGUCGCCAACGCCGCUGUCUCCCACUUCCGCAAGGCCAUAUCUCUCCUCGGCCGCUCCUCUAGGACCGGCCAUGCCCGAUUCCGCCGUGCCCCUUUAGAUUCCUCUAAAAUCUAUAACGCUACCCCCAUUCAACAAAUCCCUCCCCCCUCCCUUGACCGCCUCGACUCCGCCACCACCAUCAAUUUCUCCUACUCCACUGCUCCUACUUCCUCCUUCUUAACCUCCCUUCCUGCUUCCGAUUCAGAAAUUAAGCUCCAGCAUCAACCCUCUUCCUCUUCUUUUCAGAUUACUGAUCUUUCCAGAGUUUCCUCUGUUGUCUCUAAGCCUUCUUCUGGUCUCAAGAGAAAGUGCGGUUCUGAGAAUUUGGGCUCUGGGAAAUGCGCCGGAUCUUCUGGUGGUCGUUGCCACUGCUCUAAGAAAAGCAGAAAAUUGAGGUUGAAAAGGGUGGUAAGAGUACCAGCAAUAAGUUCAAAGAACGCUGAUAUUCCUCCAGAUGAUUAUUCGUGGAGGAAGUACGGGCAAAAGCCGAUUAAGGGUUCUCCAUAUCCAAGAGGUUACUAUAAGUGUAGCAGUUUACGAGGAUGUCCGGCAAGAAAACACGUUGAGAGAGCGUCAGACGAUCCAUCUAUGUUAAUAGUAACGUACGAAGGCGAUCAUAAUCACUCUCAAUCAGUUGCAGAAGCUUCAAGUCUCAUCCUUGAAUCUUGGUGAAACACUAAAGUUUUGUGUUUUGUUUUGAUUCAUACAGAAAAAAGAAAUAGGAAUGGAUGAAUUUAUAUCAUAGAUCAUUGUUCUUUUUUCUUCAUGUAUACAAAUGUGGGAAACUCUGCGAAGAAAAAAGAAUCGUUUGAGGGUUAGAGUUUUAGUAGGAUAUUUGAGAAGAAAAAGAAAUGAAGAAGAUAGUGAAUUUGAUUUGAUUUGCUAAGUCCUGUUUCAUUUUUUU